AUGCCCGAAAUACAAGAAUCCGUACUCAUAUCAGCACCUCCAGCCAAAGUUUGGGCUUUUCUCAUGGAUCUUCAAUCCUGGCCCGAAUGGAACACCUUUGUCACAUCUAUAGAGGUCCAACCACCGCAUUCUGAGCUCUCCGUCGGCAGCAAGCAAACCAUCACAAUCCACAAGAGCCAAUCAUACACGAAUGUUGUUUCUGUGCUUAUUCCCGAAAAAGAACUUCGAUGGAAUGGCAGCAUUAUCACACCGGCCUUCUUUGACACAGAGCAUUGGUGUUUACUAGAAAGCGUUGACGGAGACGACGGUUCGACACGUUUUGUUCAGGGUGAACGAUUCUCUGGAAUUUUGGCACCUAUUGUCGGAGCGAUGGGAAAAUUGGAAGAGCUGAGAGAGGGAUAUGUAAAGAUGAAUCAAGAUUUAAAGAAGGCUAUGGAAAGCUAG